UGUUGUAUGAACAGUUUCUGCACAAACGGAUGUAUCCCGGGGUAUUACGGUAAACAUUGUGAAGAACGGUGUAGUAAUUGUAACCAUGAUGCAUGUUGGAGAGACAGGGGACGUUGUGAUGGCUGUGAUAUAGGAUAUUACGGUGAGAAAUGUGAAGACCAAUGUAGUAGAACCUGCCUUAAUUUGAAAUGCAGACAAUUCGAAGGGGUUUGUUAUGGGUGUAAAGAAGGGAAUUUUGGACUUCAGUGUACGAAAUCCUGCAAUGAACACUGUUAUUCAAGAAGUUGUCAUCAGUUCACCGGCGAGUGUGAUAGAGGUUGUGAGAUCGGAUAUUAUGACUUAUUCUGCAACAUGUCAUGUAGUCCCAAUUGUGCUCAACCAGGGUGUCAUUACAUCGUUGGAUAUUGUAGUGGAGGAUGUAAAUCAAACUUGACAGGAAUUAAAUGUGAUGAAUGUGACUUAAAACACUAUGGAAUUAACUGCACCAUGGAAUGUAGCGUGUCAUGUCAAUCAGGAUGUAACCGGGAUGCUGGAUAUUGUAAAGGAAAUUGUGAUGAAGGCAAAUAUGGAAAUUUCUGCAAUGAAACAUGUAAUCCUGAGUGCAGAAAUGGAUGCCGCAGAGACAAUGGUGAUUGCAAAGAUUGUGUUGCUGGAAAAUUUGGGGCUUCUUGUCAAAAUAAAUGUGGUAAAGGACGCAAUUCCAACUGUUCCCGAAAUAAUGGGAGUUGUGCGUGUAAGAAAGGAUGGCAAGGGGCCCUCUGUAAAGACUGUAGUCCUCACAACUACGGUGAACUGUGUGAAUACAAAUGUAGCUCUGACUGUCUUAAUGGAACUUGCUUUUCCAAUGGAUCGUGUAUAGGAGGUUGAAAGGGUUACAAUAAUGGUAAAAAAUGUACA